CAUAUCACACCUCUCUUCGGUUUGAUCCAACUGUAGCCCGACUCGAGUGCCGCGCCGCUCCGCUCCGCCGCCGCUUGCCCUCGGCUCCAGCUUCCCUCGCGGCCCCACCUCGCCGCCGGGGACAGGAGACGUGCAAGCUCAGGGACGGCGAACCCGUUCGCGCUGCCAGAGGUAGAGGCGUGAAGCAUCUUCUGCACGACUGCACCGGCGGCGGUAUGGGCAAGAAGAAUAUCGGCGCCUCGACGCCGGCCAGAGCCGCCCACCAGGCCGUGUCGCUCCGCGAGGAGACCUCCGGGAGGACGCGCGUCGACGAGGCCUCCCUGCUGAGGGUCAAGCACCUUCAACGGCUUGCGGCCUGGGCAGGCGCGGAGGCCGGGGUGGGCCCGGUCGGCGCGCUGCUGGGGCGCCGCCUCGCCGCGAGCGCCGAGGCCGCCGGAGUACCCCUCGGCGCCGCCACUUUCCUUUGCCAGAGGUGUGAGACAGUCUUAAAGCCAGGCUUCAACUGCACUGUCCGCAUAAGGAACAAGAGAAAUAAAGGUAGGCGAAAUAAGAAAUCAAACUGCUGUCAGAACAGAGUUUCCUAUGCAUGCCAUUUCUGUGGAGAUCAGAAUCUAAUAUUGGGUAGUGGGAAGGGUGUAGUUAAGAGCUUGUUACCAUCAAGAGAGCAUGCAACCAUGCACUCGUCCUGUAGAAUUUUGAAAGGGAACAGUAGCAACACAAGAGCACAAGAUAUGAAAAAAUUGCUUGAGCAUUCUCAAGCAGCAAGUUUGCAAGUGGAUUCACCAUCCGAGUUGAGACGGUCAACUUCUGAAAGGGGUGGACAUGGGGAAAGGUUAAAAUAUAAUCUUCCUCUUAUAGAUUCCAAAAUAGAGGGAGUGGUCUUGUCAACGGCAAAGUCUGGUCAUUUAGGAGCCUCUACUUCUGAAGAUAGUAGCAUACAAGUAAUAGAAAAUACAAAUGAUGAACAGAUGCAUGAAACUGAGCCUAUUUCUUGCGAGAAUGUUAAAAUAUGUGAAGCCAAUGCUACUUCCCAAGCAGAGGUUCCAGUUGCAUCGACAUUUGUGACGCCUCAGAAGAAGAAACUUGCGGAGGCGACUGAUACUAAAGAUUCGGCAGAAUUAUUCAAAACAGGAAGUAAGACAGGCAAGAAAGGAGAGAAUCCUAGCUCAGUUACUGGCAACACCCUUUCAAGCUCAAGCAAGUUUGCCCCAAAUGACUCACGGAAGAAUUCAAAGUGUGCAUCAAGUGAUUCUGCUCCGGUCUCUGGUAGUUCAAGGAAGCGGGCAAGGAAAGGGUGGACGACGCUGAAACAGAUAGCUGAGAAGGAUGAGCUCGAGAGGAAGGGGAAGAUGGAUAACUUUGUAAUCCCCUUCAUGCCGUAAGCCGCGUGUUACAGUUUUGGCCCACAUUGUAUUCAUCGGUGGACCUGCUAAGAUUGACAAAUUAAUUUUGGUGUGGAAGCUAUCUGUUCAGAAUUUUGGAUUUUAUAUCGAUAUCGAUUAUGCGGGUGGGAUAAAAGAAAUAUGAGGUUACCCAGA